AUGGCAAUGCAGACGCCGCUUGCCAACGACAAGAAGAGAGUAAAAGUUUAUGAGCUGCGCGACAAUGACUGGUUUGACAGAGGGACUGGCUUCUGCACGGGCCAGGUCAUCAAUGAUGAACCGCGCAUCUACGUCGAGUCCGAAGAUCAGCCCGAUCGCAUGCUCUUAGAAACCCGUAUUGUCAAAGACGAUGGAUACCAGAAACAACAAGAAACGCUCAUUGUGUGGACCGAGACCAAUGGCACCGAUAUGGCCCUCAGUUUCCAGGAGGCCGAAGGUUGUGCAGUCAUAUGGGAAUUUGUACACCAAGUCCAGCAGCAGUUGUUGGCCCUGCCGGAUGAUGGCCUCUCAGACGAUGCUUUGGAAAAUAUCUCAAGCUCUUUCACCCUCAACCCCCCCGAGUUGAAUAAUUUGGACGAGAUCGAGCAAAGUAUACGACAUGCGAGCAUAACCCAGGGUGGGCGCGAAGCUCUGGCCAAGUUCUUGAUCCGCGAAGAAUAUCUGCUCAAACUAAUACCGCUGGUGGAAAUGGCCGAGGAUCUGGAGAGUCUGCCGGAUCUGCAUCGGCUGUGCAACAUCAUGAAGGCGUUGAUUCUGAUGAAUGAUAACACCAUCAUUGAGCACUUGGUUACAGACGAGAUUAUCAUUGGUGUUGUCGGAGCACUCGAGUAUGAUCCCGACUUUCCCACGCACAAGGCAAACCACAGACAGUAUCUCUCAGAUGAAUCGAGAUAUAAAGAGGUGGUCGAGAUCAAAGACCAAAAUAUCAAGCGGAAAAUCCGACAGACUUGGCGGCUGCAGUACCUGAAGGACGUGGUGCUGGCGCGCAUUCUGGACGACCCCACCUUUGGCGUGUUGAAUUCUCUCAUUUUUUUUAAUCAGGUCGACAUUGUACAACAUCUCCAGGGCAACACUGCCUUCCUGAAGGAACUUUUCGCCAUCUUCAGCAACGAGAAUAUGGAUAUCAAGCGGAAGGAACAGGCGGUGCACUUCUUGCAGCAGUGUGCUGCGAUCGCGAAGACACUCCAAAUGCAAUCGAGAGCAAACCUCCUGAACAAUUUCAUCGCACACGGUCUCUUUUCAGUCAUUACUUUUGCGGUCAAGCACCCGGAGCCAUCAAUGAGAACUACUGGCAUUGACAUCCUUGUGGCACUUCUCGACCAUGAUCCUAAUAUGAUGCGAGGCUAUAUGCUCAAGGCUGUUUCCGAAAGGAAGGUGCCGUUGACGGAUACGCUGAUCGAUUUGCUGCAUGCCGAGACUGAUUUGGGUGUGAAAAAUCAGCUGGCAGACGCCAUCAAAAUCCUGCUGGAUCCGCAACCCCCGACCAAUGACCCCAUGGGGAACCGACAGAACUCGGAAUUCAUGACGAAGCUUUCAAGGCCGCAGAUGACUCCGACUCAGCAAGCGAACGAGCAGUUCGCGCAGGAUAACUUUGACCGAUCAUGUCGAAAGUUGUUCCAACCAUUGAAAGACCUAGAAUCUAGGGACUCGAUGCAGAACUUCGGCUAUCAAGAGGUGUCGUUGUUCUCAUAUUUGGUCGAGAUAUUGACGUUCUUUGUCCGCCAACAUUCCAUGAGAAGUCGACCCUUUGUCCUCUCCGAGAAUCUGGCACCCCGGGUCGCCCAGCUGUUGCAGGUGCCGCAGAAGCCGCUGAAACUGACUGCGUUGAAAUUUUUCAGGACGGCAAUCUCGUUACAAGAUCAGUUCUAUGCCGCGCAGGUCAUCAAAAGCGGGGCCUUCGACACCAUUCUGGGAAUUGUCAUUGACACUAUGCCGCGUGAUAAUCUCCUGAAUUCGGCGUGUUUGGAACUGUUCGAAUUUAUCCGAAAGGAGACGAUAAAGCCGAUCGUCAUCCACCUUGGGGAGCACUACCGGCAAAAGAUCCAGCACAUUACCUACGUCGACACAUUCGAGAAUCUUAUUCUUAGGUAUGAGCAGUUGACGACCGACCAUCCGGAGCCCGAACACACCUUGUUCAGUCAAGACGAUGCGACACCGCCUAUGAAUCGGGCACAUAUCAAUGGUCGGUGGCAGGGCUUGCCAGAAAUGGAUGCAAGCGAGGAGGACUAUUUCAACGGCUCCGAUGAGGAUGAGGACGAAGUAGAUGAGGAUUCUGACCGUGACAAUAUAAAGGACGUGUCUGAAAGGGUAAACCAGUGGCACCGCAGAAGGAUGAAAGCUGAAAUCAUGAAUGGGAGCGCCAGCCCUAUCAGCAAACCGCUUGUGGAUUACCCUGAUGAUGACGACGACGAAGCGAUGGACGCCAAAGCUGAUGCAACACCCAACACUCCACUAACUCCAGACAGCAGUAAGGAUGCCUCUUCCCCCGAACCAAGAGCAACACCCGAAAAGACGUUACAACCAUCGCCGGAGAUCAAGUCCAUUGCCGAAAGCGAAUUGCAGCAACCGCCUGAAAGGAUGACGGAGAAACGCCGACGGCAAGAAGACGACGACGACGACGAGCUCGGCAAGCUUUCUGGCGGUCCAAAGCGCAGAAACUCGGCAUCUAGCACUUCCAGCCUUCCCUCACAAGGCUCAUUACGUCGGAAAAGGGGCUUUUUGAGAUCGAAGCAGGCAGGCGGUGAGAUUUCCCCCAUACCGACAAGUACCCCGGAGAUCGGAAAUUACGUCGAGGGCCGAAAACCUCGCAAAAUCGCGAUCAGUCUCUCCAAUGUGACGAACAAAUCUGACGAUACACCUCCCACGACAACGGAAGUCAAGCUCCAGAAUAAACAACAGUCAGUGGCGACUAAGGAGUAG